AUGUUGCUAUCUGUAGUUGGAACUACAAAAUCUCAUCGGUCAGUUGUGUCGUCGCCCGCGCAUUGUGUAGUUGUGUGCUGGACCGUCAAAGCCGUUAAGAACAAAAUGGAAUCUCGAUGCAGAAAAAUUUCAAGUAUGGUUCUUGAUGAUCAAGCCAAUAGGCAGACCGAGGCUACUGAUAAGCCUCAGACUCCUGAGUGUUUAGAAAACACCCGUGUUAGUGAAAAUGAUCACAAUACGACAAUAACUACUCCAAACGUUAAUUCAUUGAAGGAUUCGUCGAAGAGAACAAUGGUUGAAAAAUGGAUAGAUUGUAAUGACUUUGAAAAUCAGGAUCCUAUUCUGUUAAACAGUGAGACUUCAGAAGCAGUAAAUACACCCAUGAUAACUGCAUCGGAUACAAAUGAUAUUAUGGUUGAGAAAUGCAUAGACAGCAACGACUAUAAAAUUCAUAAUCCUAUAUUAGUGGAUAUUUCGGAUGGAGUAAACCCACCCAUUAUAAAAAUAACCUCAGGUAAUAAGGCUUCUGAUUCCUCAAAUAAUGGAGAUUUUUCACCAUCGGAAGGUUCAGAAUAUAAGCCUCCAAGUCGUGCGAGAGAGAUUGAACGUAACACUAGAUCUUCCCAACCUAGAAACUUGACCAGUUCUUCUAGUACCAGCAGCAGCUCAUCCAGUUCCAGCAGUAGCUCUUCUAGUUCCUGCACCAGUUCUCCUCAGCCUAAUAUGGUUGACUUGGAAAAUAAUGAAUGUAAUAUUAAAACAGAACCAACUUUCCGCGUUACAAAUAUCAACGAUGAUACAACAUUAUGCUUUUUCUGGCAUGAAGGUCUCGCAAAACGUGGAGCUAAUGAGAUAGGAACGUGCGUCUACAAGUUUUUGGAAGAACUAAGUUAUAAACAACCUGAUAAAGAUAUCAUAUUUUAUUCUGAUAAUUGCUGCGGGCAGCAAAAAGAAUAA